GCUUCGAGCGGCCUCGCCUCACCGCCUAGCGCCCCCCUCAGCCGUUGCCGCCGCCGCCGCCGCCGCCGCCGCCGCCGCCGCCGGCCAUGUCCCCCGGCCGCCGCCGCCGCCGCCCGAGCGCGGCGCUCCCGCGGCCCGGCGCGCACUGAGCGCGGGCCCGAGCCACCGUCCGCCCGCCCCGGGCCCUUGUUCUCCGCGCCGCCGCCGCCGCCAUGUUGGGUUUGGAGCCGCAGCGGAGCCGCCGCCGCCGCCGCGGCUGACGAGGCCGAGCGCGGAGCCCGGCCCGCGCCGGGGCCCAGGGAGCGGGGCCCGUCGGAGUCCGUCGGCGCCCGAGUGCCCGUCCGCCGUGCGAGCGAGCCGCCGGGCCCCCGGCCGCGCCCUCUGCCGCCGGCCGAGCGAGCCGCGGAGCCCCGAGAGGCAGCACCAUGGCGGAGCAGACCUAUUCGUGGGCGUAUUCCCUGGUGGAUUCCAGUCAAGUGUCGACAUUUCUGAUAUCCAUUCUUCUUAUAGUCUAUGGUAGUUUCAGGUCUCUUAAUAUGGACUUUGAAAACCAAGAUAAGGAGAAAGACAGCAACAGUCCUUCUGGUUCCUUCAACGGCAACAGCACCAAUAACAGUAUCCAGACGAUUGAUUCCACCCAGGCUCUGUUCCUUCCGAUUGGAGCGUCCGUCUCUCUCCUCGUCAUGUUCUUCUUCUUUGACUCAGUUCAAGUCGUUUUCACAAUAUGCACAGCAGUUCUUGCAACAAUAGCCUUUGCUUUUCUUCUUCUCCCGAUGUGCCAGUAUUUAACAAGGCCCUGCUCCCCUCAGAACAAGAUUUCCUUCGGUUGCUGUGGGCGUUUCACUGCUGCCGAGUUGCUGUCAUUCUCCCUGUCCGUCAUGCUCGUCCUCAUCUGGGUUCUCACUGGCCACUGGCUUCUUAUGGAUGCUCUGGCCAUGGGUCUCUGUGUUGCCAUGAUCGCCUUCGUCCGCCUGCCAAGCCUCAAGGUUUCCUGUCUGCUUCUCUCAGGGCUUCUCAUCUACGACGUCUUCUGGGUGUUUUUCUCAGCCUACAUCUUCAACAGCAAUGUCAUGGUGAAAGUGGCCACGCAGCCAGCUGAUAAUCCCCUUGACGUUCUGUCCCGGAAGCUCCACCUGGGACCCAAUGUGGGGCGUGAUGUUCCUCGCCUGUCUUUGCCUGGAAAAUUGGUCUUCCCAAGCUCCACUGGCAGUCACUUCUCGAUGUUGGGCAUCGGGGACAUUGUGAUGCCUGGCCUUCUGCUGUGCUUUGUUCUUCGAUAUGACAACUACAAGAAACAAGCCAGUGGCGACUCCUGUGGGGCCCCUGGUCCGGCUAAUAUCUCUGGGCGCAUGCAGAAGGUCUCCUACUUCCACUGCACCCUCAUCGGGUACUUCGUAGGUCUGCUCACGGCGACUGUGGCGUCUCGCAUCCACCGAGCCGCCCAGCCAGCUCUCCUCUACUUGGUGCCAUUUACCUUACUGCCCCUCCUCACCAUGGCCUACCUAAAGGGUGACUUACGAAGGAUGUGGUCUGAGCCAUUCCACUCCAAGUCCAGUAGCUCCCGGUUCCUGGAAGUAUGAUGAUCCUAGGAGAAGUGACGGAGCGCUGGCCUCGCCCUUUUCUCUCUCUCACCGCGUGGUUUUGUUCCCUCUACAAGCUGGCCUGACUCAGGCAUACCUGCUCACGGAACUGCAGUGUGGCUGGAGUUUGACUGAGGGGAGCGUUCGCAGAGGGGCUGGAGCCCUUCUCUUCUGCGCUCUGGGAGAGUGGACCCUUCCAGAAGGGCAGGCCCUCCCGGUGCUCCUCCUCGGGGUUUUAUGGAUCUGCACCAGACUGUUAACUUGUGGGAAGAUGGAGAAGUUGACUUAUUUAAGAACUACAAACAGCAAGGAGUUGUUCUAGAACUUUGAACACUAAACGGACGAAAAUCAAUUAGCAAACAGAAGUCUCUUCGGUGAACCCCCCAAAACUUUGGGACCAGUUUCCUCUGGGGACUCCAUUUCACAGACCUAGGGCAGAACGUCUGUCCUCCCAUUUUUUUUUUCUUUUUUUCUUUUGGAUUUAUUAAAUAUUUUCUGUGGUGUGAAGUGACUUAUUCAGUCCACAGACAUUGACUGACUUCUUACAACAUACACAUAAGAAUCUGUUGUAAUGACUGUCCCACCGUGUUGGCCAUGAGAAGGACACGGUUUUAUACAUACGUACAUAUAUAUAUAUACACGUGCACAUAGAUAUCUGAGUGAACAGCGACUAAACCUGCUAAGAUCAUGCGUGUAGCAGACGGGGGCUUGCUGUCAUUUGAGCAUGUAGAACAGUUUACCGUGCCUCCUCGCAUAAGCUGCCGUCUCCGUGAGAGUCACGUGCGGUUGCGCCAUGGACACGCUGAGCUGAUAGACUCGGGGCUGUGAGGACUCCUUCUUUUGAUCAGUGUAGCAAAUUAGGGAUGAAAAGUUGGAACUUUUUGACCCUUUUCUUUUUACAGGCUUCUCCCUCGCAGUUUUUCGUAACCGCCUCUUGAACCAGUGCAUGUAUUAUAGCAGCAGGUGUCUUUGUGCUUUCUGAUCAUAGUAAUGUACCACCUGUAAAUACAUUUUUCUAUUUUAUAUUUUUUUGUAUUUUUUUGACAUUUUGUUUCAUUGGUGCGCUGUAUUUUCCAUGCCCCCAGCCCCUUAGAAAAAACAAACCGGAAAAAAGCAACGCAAUCCUGUCCUUGCUGUGGUGAUUACAGUCUUGGUUUACCUGUGGUGACAGCUGGGCUUUGGGGACAAAUGUCAGUUGCCUCUGCACAUGGAGCUGAAGUCCAGGAGCUGGAGACAGAGCAGGCUGCUGCUGUGCCUUCAGAACCUGGCCCCGAGCCAUCUGUGGGCUCACCUUCAUCUCAGCCUGGUGAGCGGCUGCCCAUGUGGUGGGACAGCAGGCCCUGGAGUCUGCUCCUUCCUGGGAUUGCUGGCAUCCAUCGUGGCCUGCCUGUCCCCACCGCUGCAGACAUCCCGGCAGAGUGCACAGCCUGAGGCCGUCAAUGGAGCAGCAUACCGCCAUGCUGUGGGUUCCUCUGUCAUCUUCAGACUCUGCUGAAGGGUUUGAAGGGUUGGUUUUGUCUCUAAUAAAUGACUCCCUUUUCUA